AUGAAGACGCGGAUAUUUUUGGCAGUGAUUUUGCUAUGUAUUUAUUAUGUAGGGGCCGAGAAAAGUUUCCGCGUCGUGUCUUUUAACACGUGGCAAAUGGGGCUGCACGUCGAGGAGGGUAUGGAAAAGCUCGCAAAGCAUAUUUUGGCGCUAGAACCGGAUAUUGUCUCCUUACAGGAAGUCCAAACCCCGGAAUCGGCUCAAAAUCUCACAAGCUUAUUGCCGGAGGGGUGGACGAUUAUCUAUGCGAAUAAACUGUAUCCAGAUGUGGCAUUAUUGACAAAGCACCGGAUAAUAGAGGAGUCCGUCGAAAAUACGACAGCCGGAAUUCACGCUCGAAUCGAGCUUCCCGACGGCCAACAAGUCAGCUUCUGGGCAUAUCAUGGAUUUUGGAGGGCCUACGGUCCCUACGCAGCUUUCAACCGCCUUGUGACUAAUUUGAGCCAGAUUCUGGACGGGGAGCACGUUCCACUAAAAAGCAAGAUUGGAAGAGCCGAAAACGUGAAAGAAAUCUUAAAAUCACGCUCAAUGGCGCAUGAUUUGAGCGUAUUGGAGCGCGUCCCGAUAAUCAUUGCUGGAGACUUCAACUCGCCCAGCCAUUUGGAUUGGACGAAUGAGACAAGUCAUUUACACGGUGAUUGGGUCGUCCCAUGGCCCUCGACUGAAAUUCUGAUGGAAAAUGGUUUUAUCGAUGCCUAUCGGGAAGAAUUUCCGGAUCCGAUUUCGCAUCCAGGGCUUACCUGGUCCACGGUUUGCAAAGAAAACGUGGAAUGGGAAUACGCGUUUCCGGAGCCGCAAGACAGACUUGAUUUUAUUUUCUAUCGCGGUCACGUGAAGCCGUUGCGGACGGAGCUGUACGCUGGGAACGAGCCACUCGAGAAGAUGCCGAAUCAUAAGAUGAACGAUUUCCCCUCUGACCACUAUGUGAUAUAUACAGACUUUGAGAUCUCACGGCUGUCGAAUGCUAUCGAAAAA